AUGGAUGAUUUUUUGGUUAGGAAUGCUAAUAAGGAUAUUCAAGUGUCCAUGUUCUAUGGAAACCAAAAUCAAGGCAAUAAUUCAUCACCUACAAGAACACAUCAAAAAAUGAACAACCAUUACGAUUUACCUACAGAUGAUUGGAAACUGACAUGCAAACUCUUACCAAAUUAUAAGACCUUGUCUUCUCAUGAAUUCAAACAUUUACUCUGCAAAACUAUUCAAACGGAUCAUUAUCAGAUUCAACAAUGGUUAGCAAGUACUGAAAUUUUACAAUUCUCACAACAACUUGCUAUAUUCAUAUGUACUUCCUUUCAAUUGAAAAUCGAAGAAGAUUAUUCGCACUACAUUGGCAAUUUAAACAUGCCUGUUGUGGCUUGGUUAUCAGAAGUAUCGAAAGAUGUAACAGAAAAAAAUUUCAUUAAUUGGAAUCAUUCGAAAACAAAACUAAAUAUUCAAUAUCAACAAAAUCUCAUUCGAAAUAAAUUACAACGACUAGAAAUUAAUUUAUACAAUUAUUUACAACGAUAUUCAUCAAAUUUAAAAAUGAACGAUGAUAAAAUAUCUUUUUAA